AUGGCCGAGAAGUGGAUAUCGCAGCUUAAUUCUGCACACAAAACGUGUAUUGUACAGGAAGGAAGGAGGAAAAUCCACUUCACAUUUACAGAUGGGAAUGAAAUGGCAGAGGAAUAUGACCAGAGAAGCGGUGAACUUGUCAUAAGAAAAUGGAGAAGAAAAGGGACAUUUGGUAGCAAAGGGACCACCUGGGAUUUUGAAAUUGGAGAGCAACUUCUGCCAAAAAAUCUUGACUCUGAAGGAAUGAUGGAAAGUUCAAGUAAUCCAAUAUUUGUGAGAAAAGAUACUAAAGAGGCCUUUCAGUGGAGAAUACGUAACAUUCCUUACCCUCUGCAAGUGUAUAGUGUGACUGUUGAUGAUGAUAAACACAAACUUGUUAUCCGAACAUCCAACAAAAAGUAUUAUAAAAAGUUUGGGAUUUCUGACAUGGAGCGGAUUGGCAUGUUAUUAUCUCAAGACAAUAUCAAUACUGCCCACGCCAACAAUACACUCAUUGUCACUUAUAAAAAACCAAAGGAAAUUUUAGAAAUGGAAAAAAAAAUCUCCGAGGAAAUGAGGAAGUUAAAAGCGAGUAAGGACGGUGAUGUUGACUGUACUCCCAGCUGACGGGGGAUACACUGUAAUCAAUAUACAUUCAAGGACGGCAGCUCUCCAUUCAGGCAGGAUGUUUCUGUUCUCAAGAGGUUGUGGAAGUAGCAAACUAUUAUGUGAUACAAAAAUGAAAUAAGAUUUUUCAAUAGGAUUUGAAGCUGAUGGUAAAUAACUGAAGUACAAUUUCUGUGAAAUUUGAUUUUGAUUUUUAAGUAUACAAUACUUAACAAACAUAUGAUACUUGUCAAGUAUGACCUGUGAAUAUUUCUGGGAUAUCAGGUAACACAUGUAAAUCUAAGCCUUAAAUGUACAGACUGACUUACGAUAAACACUGAACAGAAGUACAGUUAAUUUUCCUUCUUUCAAAUGUUUAAACAAACCUUAAGUUGUCACAAAAAUUCAUUGCCUUUUUAGGACAGGCAUUUAGUGAUAUAAAUAAUUGAUUUUUAAAUCAGAAUUAUGUCCAAUUGUUGGAGUAUAUCAAGUGCCACAUAAUCGUAAUUGCAUAAUAUCUGUUACAAUCUAUUAUGAAAGAUGGUUUUCAGUUUAAGAAAGGAUGACUAGAACCUGACAAGCUGUUCAAACAAAAACAUGUUUGUCCAGUAAACUAUUGUUCUUAUCAAAUUCAAUAUUUCCAAACUUUUUUUUUGUAUUUUUGUACAAAAUGCUGUGUUUUUUCUAGUUAGGUAAAUGAAUAUUGAAAUGUUGAAAUACUUGUUUUGUA